AUGAGGGAGCCAGAUCGGGAGGAGCAGCUCGACGAAAACAUGCCCCCCAAAUUUAAACGACAUCUGAAUGAUGAUGAAGUCACAGGAUCAAUUCGUAGUGAAAGGAGGAAUCUCCUUGAGGAGGACUCGGAUGAAGAGGAAGACUUCUUUUUGAGAGGGCCGAGUGCUCCCAGGUUUGGGGCUCAAAAUGACAAGUUUAAACAGGUGCAGUCUCAAGUUGAUGAGGUCAUUGACGUGAUGCAAGAGAACAUCUCCAAGGUGAUCGAGAGGGGUGAUCGGCUGGACGACCUACAGGACAAAUCAGAAAGCCUUUCAGACAAUGCAUCUGCCUUCAGUAGCCGAGCCAAACAGCUGCACCGGAGGAUGUGGUGGAGAGACACAAAGAUGAAAAUUAUUAUUGCUUUGGUAGUGAUUGGUCUGCUGUUAAUUAUCAUCGUUCCUGUGAUCCUUCGAUAUCGCUAG